AUGACAACACCGAAUACCUAUAACAAAUUUUCUGCAUCCAGCAAGCGUGGAAUGGCAAAGCAGUGGCUGCAGCACCGCCUACAAAAGCUGCCGUCCAUCCAGCCAAGCGGUGAUGAAGGAGAUGGCGGACUCCGCACCACUGCAUCGCUGGAGCGACCAAGGACUGCUCCCUCGUCUGGCAUUGCAACUGCAUUAGGAUCGGACGAGAUACCUGCUGUACCGCCAAUCCCGAUCAACAUCCCGCGCGGUAAGCAGAGCUCUUCUAUCCAGCCUCCUGGUCGACCAUCAAGACCCGACUCUGAUGUCGCCCGAGAUAUCAACGCAUGGCUCGAUGCUAGCAAAACACCGUCGCCACCACUCAUGGGUGGUGUAUCAUACUGGAGAAUGGCUACGGAUGCCAAUAUCUUCGACAUCACACAGCCAGCAAGCGAGUUCGUUUCGGAGGAGGGCCAAGAAGAUCCAAGCGCAAAUACCUCUGGUAAAUAA